ACCUCAAUCAUGAUGCCGUCCGAUCAAGCGGAAAUAUCCCGCUUCGCGGCGCUGCUAUCGAGCGACCGUGGUCGUUGCUGUCUUCGUCGUCCUAUGCCCCUAUCAGUCUCCCAUAGGCUGCCGUGUCGUGUGAGAGGUUCUCUUCGUCGUUUCAACGUAAAUAUCACAUUUGUCGAGAAUCCGGCGUUGAUUCGGUGCACGUUAGGCCGCAGUCUUUACGCUUAUUAGCCAUACGCUUUAUUGCCAGUCUUCGCAUUAUUAUUCGUUUCCCGCACGUUCAUCCGUUCGCCAAUAACCAAAAAAUCUUCCCUAUGAUUGUCUAAACAGAUAAGUCAGCUUUAAUUUUAGUCAUAAUUAUCUCUAAAAAAAGACCCAAGCACAAUCUAUAAAAAAUGAGGGUCGUUGCGCUAGUUAGUGGUGGCAAGGAUUCUUGCUUCAAUAUGAUGCAAUGUGUAGCAGCUGGCCAUGAAAUUGUGGCUCUAGCGAACUUGUAUCCUGUUGGAAAAGAUGAUUUAGACUCGUUCAUGUACCAAACGGUAGGCUAUCAGGGUGUCGAGUACAUCGCUAAAGCUAUGGGUUUGCCUAUGUAUCGUGAACCAACGUUUGGUAGAUCUAAAAUGCAAGAGAAGUACUAUUGUCCUACAGAAAAUGACGAAGUUGAGGACCUUUUUAGACUUUUGAGCAAAGUAAAGGAACGUGAAAAUAUAGAGGCUGUGUCAUCUGGUGCUAUUCUUAGUGAUUACCAACGAAUUCGUGUAGAAAAUGUCUGCAGUCGUUUAGGUCUUAUUUCUAUAUCAUACUUAUGGAGACGAGACCAGGAGCAGCUGUUAAUGGAGAUGAUACAGAGUUCUGUUAAUGCAGUAUUGAUUAAAGUUGCAGCCUUGGGUCUUGAGCCUAAGCAUUUGGGUAAAUCUAUAUCCGAAAUGCAAACCCAUCUUGUCAGGAUAAAAGAAAAAUAUGGAGUUAAUAUAUGCGGAGAAGGUGGAGAAUAUGAAACUUUUACUUUAGAUUGUCCUUUAUUUGGAAAGAGCAUUGUGAUUGAUGAGUACGAGAGCAUUGUACAUACAUGUGACGACAUAGCGCCUGUAGGAUAUCUUAAUUUUACAAAGAUUCGUCUACAAGAGAAGAGUAACGCUAUGGAGAAAUUGAGUCUGGCGGAGAGAUUGAAAACUGUCUCGAUAAAAACAUCGCAAGAUUACAUCGCCGAAAUAGUCGGCCCGGUGCUGCACGACGGCUGCAAUUUGUCAGACGACGAAAAUGACGAGCACGAAUGCGGAAGCAAUAGUCUAAAGACAUCGAAUUCUGGUCCGUUUAAUCCUCCGAGCCCAAUGGAAAUCUUCUACGAAGAGGAAGAUUAUCCGGAUGCACCGGCUGUCAAUAGAAAUCAGAGAGGAUGGUUCUGGUUUGGCGGUAUCACGGGGAAACGUCCGGACGUCACGUCCUCCGUAGAAGAGGCAUUGGAAAAAUUAAGCACUCUGGUUGAAGACGAGAAUCUGCGAAUAUCCGAUAUUGUCGCAGUAACGUUGUACAUAAAAGAUAUGUCGAGUUACAAGGCUAUAAACGAAGUGUACACUUCUUGGUUGGGCAAACGGAACCCACCGGUUCGUGUGUGCGUGGAAUGUCCUCUGAAUGUGCACAUAGUGUUAGACGCGACGGCAUACAAAGAAAACCAAGAAUGCGGAGACAAGAAUGCCCAUAAACGACACACGAUGCACGUUCAAAGUAUAAGUCACUGGGCACCUGCUAAUAUCGGGCCUUAUUCUCAAGCUGUUCGUGUAGGUGACAUUAUCUCGGUAGCCGGGCAGAUACCUCUGGUACCUGGUAACAUGACUCUUUUGGACUUGAACAUUAAGCGGCAGUGCCGCUUAACGAUGAGGCAUAUAGACCGUAUUCUUAAAGCCAUGGACGCAAACACACAUCUCAGAGAUAUAGUACAGGGGAUCUGUUUCCUGACGCAUCCCAGUUACAUAGCGGACGCUAGAAAAGAGUGGGAGAAGAGAUCAAACAACGCCAUUGUAGAUUACAUCGUCGUACCGAAUCUGCCACGUGGUGCCCAGGUCGAAUGGUGCGUUUGGGCUCACAGGGAUAACAGGAGAUUUGAAUACGAAGAAACAGGAAAAUGCGUGGGUAAUUUUAAGGUAGCCAUCAGGCGUAGGUGGAAUUAUGAAAAUACCGUUUCAGCGAUUGUAUGUUAUAUGUGUACUCGCUCGUCCAAUUCGACCGGCAAUAUAGCCACAGAGGCGUGCUUGCCAUCGACGGAGUUGACCGCGAACGAACUGAUGGAAGCGUUCGAGUACGUCUUGUGCAAGCUUACGAAAGGCUCGCAAAGCUCCAAUCCGACGUGUAAUCUGCGAAUAUUUUACAAGGUCGGCAGCUCGCCGGGCCCGAACCUCGUUCACAGUGUCCUGUCUAAGUUUUCUACAGCGAAUCUAGUGAUUACUAUUGUACCGGCUACUCACUUACACAAUUUCAACACUUUUUUGUCUAUAUGCGGUAUUAGACACGAGUAAAUACUCAAAUUGUUUUUUACAUUGUCAAUUAUCCGGAACGAUUGAUGCGCGCAUUUAGGAUAAAGUCGCACAGGGAUUUGAAUCUGAGAUACUCUCGGUAAUUCACUUCCGUCGUUCGAAGUAAUCGAAGCGGUGACUGAGGAAGAGCGAGCGAGAAUGGUGUUUUGUAAGUGCAGUGACGCAUCUCUACUAACCGCAUUGUUGCUUAUUGAUUUAAAGAAAACGUUCGAUACGUAGGAAUAAGUUGAAUAAAAAAAAAUAUAUAUAUGAUCAUCCUGUACUCCCGAGAACACAACGAGUUCAGAAGCAGAUUGCAAACCAUGCUGCAAAGUUACGAUAAUCUGCGAACAAAGAGACCUAACGGGAAAGGAAAGAGCAAAUUUAACACACACCUUUCGAAAGCCUCACUACGGAAAAGACGAAGGUAAAAGAUACGAAGCUUUUACACAGCUUUAGCUUGUAGGACACUCGAAGGAGAGCGAUUGUGUAAAUGUAACAUUGACUGUGAACAGAGAGAAUGGAAAGAUUGAAAUUUUAGAUACAUCUUCUUCGAAACUGCGGCUUUGUCUAUACACCCUUCUUGCAGCCACCGCUGUUCGAUUAGCUCGACAGUCACGACGGAAUUGAAUGCGACGAAGAUUGGUGGGGGAAAAAAAAAAAAAAAAAAACAAAACAAAACAAAAAAACAGAAAAAAAACAGCGUUACAACGGCACCAAAGUACGCACCAUUAUUUAGUUUCCCUGCGUGCGCAUAAUAAGGGGGAAACGCUCGGUCGUGGUCGGAACGGCUCGCUGUUCUCGAUGCUUUAUGUAUCGGUAUUCGAGUACUUCCUCGCGUCUCGCACGCGAGUCGAUCGACGAUCUUAACGUGGCCGUAGCGGUAUUCCGUAUUAACGCGAUAUUUGUCGGUACUUUGCAACCAUCUAAAAAGGAAAAAAAAAACGGGGUGAAGAAAAGUAGCGAAAAUUUUACAGAAUCAGGUGAUUUUAUCGGUUUGUCACAAGGCGAUGCAAAAUAAUUUAUCAGUGACGUGAACAAUACGCUGUUCGACGUCGUCGUGUUUGCCGGAUGGCUGCGUUUCUAUAGAAUUCUCGGUGUACACUGGUUUGCGCACUCAUUUUCCCAUCGGGAGCACGUCGAGUCUACGAUUGCAAGCUGCUGCUGACGAGCUUGCGCGGCAAUUGAUUGUGAGAGAAGUCGAACGAUGAUACACGGUGUAAAUAGCGCGACUCUUUACUCGUUGGAUAAAAAUAUAAAAAGAAAGUACAUUCUAAAUCCUCCGCAAUGCAGCCGUAACACCGGAUAUCUCUUAUCGCUCGGACUGCCGACUUCAUCGGGAAGAGCCUACGCGAACGAAGUUGUGCAACCAAGAAGCGUACUGUAUAUUGUAUUCUAUAGCAUAUCAUCGAUUGUUUUACCUAGGAUAGUGUGAUGAUGAUUUUAUCUGUAAUUUUAAUUACUCCUGCAACGUAGCAGAACCUCAUCGAUCCGCUGCUUCUUGUUUAAUCGUCACUUCUCGAUAUUUUAGAGCAUCGUUAAGCAGAAAAUACGGAAUACCACUAUCGUUCGCUCGACAUUUUUCGAUAACGUAGUUGCGUCGUCCUUCUUUUCAGCUGCACUCUCGUUUCUCUCUUCUCAUCAGACCAUCGGGAUUAUACGUGUUUCCUGUCGGACGCGUAGAAAGAGUCACAGAACAGUGCAGCUGGAAAGAACGGACUCUUGUAUUAGCUUAUAUACCGACUACUAGUCAAUGGCGGGUCAAGUGCAAUUCUGAACUAUGAACCCGUCCCGUUAUAGUGCGUAAGUGCUCUUCAACAACGCGAUUGCACGUUAGUGAACAAUUCACGUACGCGCGUAUGUCGUACGUGCGACUCGUAUUGCUGUUAUAUCGCUGCGUUUCGUUUUGUUUUAUCUUUAUCUCUUUGCUCAAAGUAUGUUUUACUUUAACGGUGUUGUAAUCACGUGCGGAGGAGUGUUACAAUCGUGUGUGUGUGUGUGUGUGUGUACGCGCGCACGCGCGCGCGUAUGUAUGUGUGUGUGACGUUUCUCCGAGCAAGUUGAGUCGCGCACGGCCACUUUAUUAGCAGCACUCAACGUUCAACUUGAAUUUUAAGAAAAAGAGAUGAGACGAAGAAGGAAAGCACAGGAGAGAACGCGUGUCACAGGAGCGCGCGUCGAGAGGAAAGAAUUGCGUUUGCAGCGAGGCAACGUGCGCUUUUUAAUUUCAGUUGCAAUGCGAGAAACUUGGAUCCCACUCUUUCUCUCAACGACGUUUCUCGCGACGCGACGACGCCAGAGUUCCCGGAAACACUAUUAAACGCGUGUAUUGCCGACUGACUUUUCUUCGCUGAGGAGGACAACAGUGUCGCGAUUUAUAAAGAGGCAGAAAAAAA